AUGGCCAAACUAUCAGCCUACGAACGUGAGCGCGAAGUAAACAUCGCCCGCAAUCGAGCUCUGCUCGAACAACUCGAACUAAAACAAGCCGUCGACGGGCUUGGUUUCCCAGACAAACAACCUCCUCCAAAAACAAAAGCAAAACCCGUGCAAUCUACAAAGAAAGUAAAAAAGGAGACUGACGCACCGAGGCGGCAGUCUGCGCGUCUUAGAAGUGCUGCGACCAUUGAUCCGAACGAGAGUCUCUCGAAUAAGAGGAAACGCGAGGCAGCAGAUCAGGAGCGUCUUGCGAAAGAAGCAGAAGAACGAAUCGAAACACAGGAGCGGGAAUGGUUUGCGAAAAAGCCACGGCACGAGGAACUAGAUCUUAUCACUCUUACGGACGAAGUCUCUGCUAAAGCUGCAUCUCUAUCGAUCGCGCUACAGAACAUUUCUCAGACGCCUCAAGCCAAGCGGCCAGCUGAUGCCGAGGCUUUCGUAUUCGAAGAAGAUGCGAAAGAUCAAGCGCAGGUUGAGCAGUUACGUGAGAAGCUUCAGGCCCUGAAGGUGGUCGCUAGGGCUAAAGUCACGGAAAAUCGCGUGUACAGUGCUGUGUUUCACCCUGAUUGUACAAAGGAUUUGAUCUUCUUUGGAGACAAACACGGGCAAUUAGGUAUAUGGGAUGCUAGAGCACCACAAGAUCAGAUCGACCACGACGAUGAAUCCAACGCUGAUACCAGAGAAAGUGGUAAAUACUGGCGAUUACAAGUUCACUGGCCUGCGACAUCCAAGUCGUCAAUAUCCUCUGUAAAACUGGACCCUAUUGACUCACAUACGGUCUAUACCAGUUCAUACGACUGUACGAUUCGGUCGCUUUCAUUCACCUCUGGAGUUUCUCGCGAAAUAUUCACCAAUGACGAGACGUUGAUUUGUAGCAUGGAUCUUGUACCCAAUGGACAUGAAAUGUGGAUAUCAGAUGCCGCUGGUGGUGUUACCCACCUUGAUCUUCGACAGGACAAAUCUAAAGCCAAGUGGUACCAAUUGUCGGACCAGAAGAUUGGUUGUGUCAGCGUCAAUCCCAGUCGACCCGACUUUCUAUUGACAGCGAGUAAUAGCAAAGAAUUAAGAAUAUGGGAUACGCGCAAGUUGCGGUCCAUGGCUACGGCCUCGUCUUCGGAUGAAUCAAUAAUUGAAUUUGAUUCAGCAUUCGUCACUAAGUAUCGCGAAUCAAAGGAAGGUGUAGGAUGCCUUCGUGGCGAAUGGAGACACGAUAAAUCCGUGAGCUCUGCGUACUGGGAUCCCAGAGGUAGAAGUAUCGUCAGUACAAGCUAUGAUGAUGCUAUUAGAAUCUGGGACAUCCAUUCUCCUGCUUUCGAGGGUUAUAAGCCUUUCCCUUCGGCUAGGCCGUUCUGUCGCAUCUCACACAAUUGCCAAACGGGAAAAUGGCUCACUAUUCUUCGAGCACAAUGGAAUCCAAAUCCAGAAGUUUACCCUCAUUUUACGAUCGCUAACAUGAAUCAUUCACUGGAUAUCAUCUCCUGCAAGGGUGAACGCAUCGCUAAAUUAUCGGACCCCUCAAAAAUUACCGCUGUUCAAGCAGUGACUUGCUCACAUCCGUCCAUAGUGGAGCGAGCUGCCACUGGUAACGCCAGCGGGAGAUGUGUCCUCUGGGCUCCUGAAGAUGUUUAGCCUGCAGUCCACCCACACGUACCAACGAAUACACAUCGACUGCCCCCCGUCGAACCUCGGAUCACGAAAUGACCACUAGGUGUUGCUAUUACAUGUUUGUGUAUUAUAUAGAUCAACGUCUUGGAAUU